AGGGUCGGAAGGUAUAUUUUAACGAUAAAUCCGCGGUCACACAGCCGAAGAGGGCGCCGCUAAAGCGUUUCCGAGAAAAAAAAAAAUAAAAAUUAGCUGUUUUCUAGUGUAGCUUCGUGUGUCAGCAAUUGGUGAAAAGAAACUUCUGGCGCGCACUGCGACGUAGAUACAACACAUUUUUUGUGGCACUUUGACCAGUCUACGGAGACGCAAAAAGCGAAAGCACACGCAAGCGACUUUUUUUUUUUUUGGGCUGCGUAUAGAACAGGAUCAGGACAGCCAUGUCGCAGUCGGACAAGAUGCAGGAUCAGAACCCUCAGUAUGAGAAUGAGAACGAGGAGUUGUCUUCGGACAUAGAGGAGCCAGCCGAUGCUGUGGAGCGUGAGGGCCAGCAGGAGAGCAGCCACGAUGAAAGCUUCAAUGAUGAUAGCAAUGGCAAUGGCAAUGAGCUCCAGGAGGGCGGGGACCAGCAGCAAGAGCAGGAGCAGCAGCAGCCCCAGGAAUCGUCCGGGGACGAGCAGAACAACCAUGGCAGCGAGGAGGCAGCAGGCCCUGCAGACCAACAACAGCAGCAGCAACAGGGUGGCAAUAACAACGCCGCCGCACCGCCGCAAGAGCAGGAGGAGCGCGUGAGCUCGACCAAUCUAAUAGUCAACUACUUACCACAGGAUAUGACGGACCGAGAGCUGUACGAGCUCUUUGCCAACUUCGGGGGCAUCAACACCUGCAAAAUCAUGCGCGACUUCAAGACUGGAUAUAGCUUCGGCUACGGCUUCGUCGACUACAGAACAGAGGCGGACACCGAAGAAGCUAUCGAUAAGCUGAACGGGCUAUAUGUGCGCAACAAGCGAUUGAAGGUCUCGUAUGCUCGCCCCGGCGGCCAGUCCAUCAAGGACACCAACCUGUAUGUCAUCAAUCUACCACGCAAUAUCGACGAUGAUAUGCUCACCAGAACCUUCUCGCCGUUUGGCCAAAUUGUCCAACGGAACAUCUUGCGGGACAAACUCACCGGACGUCCGCGCGGCGUUGCCUUUGUACGCUUCAGUAAGCGCGAAGAGGCACAGGAUGCACUGAACACGCUGAACAAUACGGUUCCACUGGGAUGCACACAGCCGAUUUGGGUGCGUCUGGCCGAGGAACAUGGCAAGGCAAAGGCUGCACAGUUCAUGUCGCAGAUUGGCGGGCCGAUUGGCGGUGGUGUAGGUGGUGGUGGGGGAAUGGCUGGCCCACUGCAUAUUGGACAUCAGCCGCACCACCAUCACCACCACAACAACAACAACCAGCACCACAACAACAACCAGCAUCAUCCACACAUGCAACAGCCGCACCAGCAACAGCUCCAGCAACACCAUCACCCACCGCAUCACCACCAGCACCAUCAGCAACAACACCAUCCCCACCAGCCGCAUAACCACAACCACAGCCACAGUCACCACAACCACCAUAAUAUGGCCCACCACCCGGCGGUGCACCAUAUGCAGCUGCACGGAGGAGUCCACGGCAUCAGCAUGGGGAUGGGGGGCAUGGGCGUGGGCGUAGGAAUGGGAGUGGGUGUGCAUAUGCAUGGUGGAGGUGGGGGCGGUGGAGGAGCGGGUGUCGGUGUCGGUGGUGGCGGUGGCGGCUACCAGCAUAUGGCGCAUAGAGGUAGAUCAAAUAGAACAACACGAUCUCAAAAACUGCAUCCAUAUAACAAUCAUGCACAGAAAUUUAUUUAAAACACACAAAAAAAUUAAUUUCUUUACACCAAUAUUAGCUGCAUCUCACAGGUGAAGUGGUCAUGCUGCCAUUGCCACAUUGCAGCCACUCCAGCAGGCAGCCGUGCAAUGGCAGCAGCAAAUUCCGCAUCCGAAUCCUCAACCGCAACCGCAGUCGCGUCCACAUCCACAGCCACCACAGUCUCAUCAGCCAUCAUACCAGCCACAACAACAACAUCUGCUACCAACAACAACAACAACAACACACAUGUCCACCAUCUCCGCCAGUCAGCAACCCCCCAACCAGCCGCAGCAGUCUCGCGCGAUCACCAACAACAAUAUGAAUAGUUACAGCCAGCAGCAGUCACAGCAGCAACAGACCAACAUUCAGAUACCCAGCCAGUCGGCCUACUAUGCACCUGCUUACUUUGUUCCUACCUAUCAGACAACAGCAGGAUCAGGAGCAGCCACACCGGCAGCAGCAGAAGCAGGAGCAGCAACAGCAACAGCAGCAGCAGCAGCAGCUGUAUAUCCAAAUACGGUUGGCUAUGUGGUUACUUCUGCACCUGCCGCCACCACAUAUUUGGCUACAGGAACAGCUCCUGGAGCACCACCAACACGAGCAAGACGAACUCCAACAUAUACCGCGACAUCGAGAGAAUCGGGUGGCACAACAUAUUAUUAUUAUCAUCAGGUCGAUGAGGGAUCUGGAUCAACGCAAACAGUGCCCGUACCAUCAGCCACACCCACAACGUAUACGUAUGCAACAUCAUCAGCAGAAGGAGCAGCAUCUGCAGGAAGAGAAGGAGCGGGAACAACCACACCAGAAGGAGCCGGAGCAGAUACCGCAUAUGUAUAUUACCAGUGUUCCGAUUCGAACCAUGUCAAUACCCUCAACUACUUAGAUCCUCAAACUGGGAGAUUGCAAGCCAUGGGUCUUGUAUAUGUGACAUACAGGGGAGACCGAGAUCGAACAGACGGAGCAACAGCAACAACACCAGCUCCAAGAACAGCUCAAGCACAACAGCAUAGAAUGGAGGCGAGUUGGGGGCCGGGAACAACUGGUGGUGGUGGCGGACGUGGCAACAACAACCAGGAUGCUGCUGAUGAUGAUGAGAUGCUGCGCGGCACUAGCGGAGGCAGAGGCAGUGGUGGAGCAGCCGGAGGAGGCAGCAGGCACGCAGGCGGUGGCAGCUUUAACCACUACAACCGAAAUCGAAACCGAAACUGAAUCUAAAUCAUCCCCCUCGUAAUAUCCCGGAAAUAGCCCCCUCAAAAUCCUCUAUCUCUCUCUCUCUUUGACUCUGUGCGUCUCUCUCUACCUAGAUGUAUGUAUGUGUUCGUACAGACAGACACACAGAAACACACAAAUGUAUAUAUUCACACACACUGAUUGAUCGGUUGAAGAUCGGAGGGCGAACGAAGGAAGAGAGCGGCGCAAAAAGGCAUUGGCAG